ACAAAGGUUUAGAGUCAGAUUCUAAGCAGGGGACACAACGGAAAUGCCAUUGGCAGGUAAAUCUGCCCACCCCGAUGCAGGGUGGAGAGCUUUGUUCCUUCCCUGACUUCUCUGCUUCACCAAGAAGACUGUUUUCCUGUGGUUGCGCCGAAGUGAAAUUUCUUGGCAGGUCUCCGUGUUACAGGACCCGGUCAUUGUCAUUUUCUCUUCCUUUCUGUCUAGAUGAGCACCUUCAGUGUUGGAAAGCUUUAAACCUGUGAUUAAUGGAGUUGCAAAAUAGAGGGGAUCAAGUGACCCCUUCAGUGCACUCCUUUCCUCUGUGACCCAGAUGAAGAAUAGAUUCAAAAAAGCUCAGUUCCACCCUUGGCAAUGCAAUACAGAAAAGAAACUGUCACUUCCGAACAGGCUAGUACCCGGAGUAAAAGCAUGAAGGAGGACAGCGCUCCUGGGGUUUAAGCCUUCCCGGAGAGCCGGACUGAGCACAGGAGGUGAACUCCAGGAAAAGGGGAUUUCUUCAAGCAGUCCGCCUGGGAAAAGGAAUAUGUAAAAUCUCCUUUGCAGAAAGACAGGUGACAUGCAUUAAUUAGAAGACUUGAAAACACUUUUUUCUUUUUCCUUUUUUUGUUCUUUUUCCAAAAUGAGCAUUAUUAUGAAGCCAAGAUCCCGGUCAACAAGUUCCCUAAGGACUACAGAAGCAACUUGUUUCGAUGUGGACAAUGGCACAUCUGCGGGACGGAGUCCCUUGGAUCCCAUGACCAGCCCAGGAUCCGGGCUAAUUCUUCAAGCAAAUUUUGUCCACAGUCAACGCCGGGAGUCCUUCCUGUAUCGAUCAGACAGUGACUAUGACCUCUCUCCAAAGUCUAUGUCCCGGAACUCCUCCAUUGCCAGUGAUAUACAUGGAGAUGACUUGAUUGUGACUCCAUUUGCUCAGGUCUUGGCCAGCCUCCGAACUGUACGAAACAACUUUGCUGCAUUGACUAAUUUGCAAGAUCGAGCACCAAGCAAACGAUCACCCAUGUGUAACCAACCAUCCAUCAACAAAGCCACCAUAACAGAGGAGGCCUACCAGAAACUGGCCAGCGAGACCCUGGAGGAGCUGGACUGGUGUCUGGACCAGCUAGAGACCUUGCAGACCAGGCAUUCCGUCAGUGAGAUGGCCUCGAACAAGUUUAAAAGGAUGCUUAAUCGGGAGCUCACCCAUCUCUCUGAAAUGAGUCGAUCUGGAAAUCAAGUGUCAGAGUAUAUAUCAAAUACAUUCUUAGAUAAGCAACAUGAAGUGGAAAUUCCUUCUCCAACUCAGAAGGAAAAGGAGAAAAAGAAAAGACCAAUGUCUCAGAUCAGUGGAGUGAAGAAGUUGAUGCAUAGCUCUAGUCUGACUAAUUCAAGUAUCCCAAGGUUUGGAGUAAAAACAGAACAAGAAGAUGUCCUGGCCAAGGAACUAGAAGAUGUAAACAAAUGGGGUCUUCAUGUUUUCAGAAUAGCUGAAUUGUCUGGUAACCGGCCUCUGACUGUUAUCAUGCACACCAUUUUUCAGGAGCGGGAUUUAUUAAAAACUUUUAAAAUUCCAGUAGACACUUUAAUUACAUAUCUUAUGACUCUGGAAGACCAUUACCAUGCUGAUGUGGCCUAUCAUAACAACAUCCAUGCUGCCGACGUUGUUCAGUCUACUCAUGUACUAUUAUCCACACCUGCUUUGGAGGCUGUGUUUACAGAUUUGGAGAUUCUUGCAGCAAUUUUUGCCAGUGCAAUACAUGACGUAGAUCAUCCUGGUGUGUCAAAUCAAUUUCUGAUCAACACAAACUCUGAACUUGCCUUGAUGUACAAUGAUUCCUCUGUCUUAGAGAACCAUCAUUUAGCUGUGGGCUUUAAAUUGCUUCAAGAGGAAAACUGUGAUAUUUUCCAGAAUUUGACCAAAAAGCAAAGACAGUCUUUGAGGAAAAUGGUCAUUGACAUUGUACUUGCAACAGAUAUGUCGAAACACAUGAAUCUGCUAGCUGAUCUGAAAACUAUGGUUGAAACGAAGAAAGUAACGAGUUCUGGGGUUCUCCUCCUUGAUAAUUACUCUGAUAGGAUCCAGGUUCUCCAGAAUAUGGUGCAUUGUGCAGAUCUGAGCAACCCAACAAAGCCUCUUCAGCUGUACCGCCAGUGGACAGACCGGAUAAUGGAAGAGUUCUUCCGCCAGGGAGACCGAGAGAGGGAGCGUGGCAUGGAGAUAAGUCCCAUGUGUGACAAGCACAAUGCAUCUGUGGAAAAAUCGCAGGUGGGCUUCAUAGACUAUAUUGUUCAUCCUCUCUGGGAGACAUGGGCAGACCUUGUACAUCCUGAUGCCCAAGACAUUUUGGACACUUUGGAGGACAAUCGUGAAUGGUACCAAAGCACAAUCCCUCAGAGCCCCUCUCCUGCGCCUGAUGACCAAGAGGAGGGCCAACAGGGUCAGAGUGAGAAAUUCCAGUUUGAACUAACUUUAGAGGAAGAUGGAGAGUCAGACACCGAAAAGGACAGUGGAAGUCAAGUGGAAGAAGACACUAGCUGCAGUGACUCCAAGACUCUGUGCACUCAAGACUCGGAGUCUACUGAAAUUCCCCUUGACGAACAGGUGGAAGAGGAGGCAGUAGGGGAAGAGGAGGAAAGCCAGCCUGAAGUUUGUGUCAUCGAUGAUUGUUCUCCUGACACGUAACAGUGCAGACUGUCACACCUUUUUUUUUUAGUAGAAAGAUUGUUUCCAAAGUGCAUGUCACAUGCCACAACCAUGGUCACACCUCAUUAUCAUCUGCCAGGACGUUUGUUGAACAAAACUGACCUUGACUACUCAGUCUGGCGCUCAGGAAUAUUGUAUCCAGUUUCUUCACCUCCAUGUCAUCAGAGCAAGGGGAAACAUCUUCACAAACAGCAUUUGAACAUUUCAGCUUGUUAGAGCUGACAAAGCAGAUAAAAUCAACUCCAUGAUGUUUUCAAGGGAGCGUGGCUCAUCAGGAAGCCCAAAAGUGGAUUGGAUUUCAGUUUCCUGCUUGCAAUAUUUUCUGGAGAAAGAAGGCAUUACACGGAAAGAGAGAACUUAGUGGAUAAAGCAGCAAACAUGUCAGGAAGAGUACAGCGUCAAUCUGUUUCCAGAAGGAAGAAGAGCCACAGAAAUUGCAUAAUUUUCCAAUUUCAAGUCUUCCUGAUACAUGACUAAAUAGUGUGGUUCAGUGAGCUGCACUCACCUCUACAUUUUGUAUGAUAUGUAAAAGAUUUUUUGUAGAGCUUACUUUUAUUAAAUGUAUUGAGGUAUUAUAUUUAAAAAAAACUAUGUUCAGAAUUUCAUCUGCCACUGGUUAUUUUUUUCUAAGGAGUAACUUGCAAGUUUUCAGUACAAAUAUGUGCUACACUGGAUAAAUCUAAUUUACGAAUUUUACUUGCACCGUAUAUUUCAUAGCAAUUAACAGAUUUGUAGUGGUCAUUGUUUUAUAUACCAAUGACUUCCAUAUUUUAAAACAGAAAAACAGCUUUAUGUUGCUGGAAACCCUUUUUGUAAGUCUUCAUUUAUUUUGACUUUUUAUUUCAAUCUUUCCCAAUAAGCAGAGUUGCUCUCCGUUGAAGUUUUUCUUCAUGUUGUGCAAAGUGAAUAUUUGUUCUGUAAUACUUUGACGUGCGUUAUGUCCAUUGUGUCUUAAGCCUCAUAGAAACAUCAGCUGGUGUUGUCUGAAGCAAAUGGGAGAUUAUAUAAAUACCCAGUAGCUAAAAUGGUCAGUGUUUUUUUUAGAUAUUUUCCUAUGUAGUGUCUUCUGAUGACUUUUUGCUGUGUCGAUUGCAUUUCACAAGUGCACGUCCUUGUAGUAAUCCACACAUUUCAUGUUCAUUUUUGUUUUUUAUAGCCAGUUAGAAUAGAAGGUUUUACCUCUUCUGCAGCUUUAAUGUGUAUUUGAAUCUCUGUCCAUGUUUGCUAAGUGAGUCUUAUCAAAUAUAUCACCACCAUCCUAAUUGAUGAAAAGAAGGAGGAAGUAAAAUUAGGGUUAGCAGUUAAUUCUACCCUGAGGUUGUCAUGACUAGCUUUUAUUCUAGGGUUACAGACAAAAGUUAGCAGCUAACCAGGCAAUGUUUAAGAGUAUUAACAGUAUAUUAACAAAUACAAGAACAAUUCUAUUUUUUUCCUAUAGUUUCACCAUGGUUUCGGAACUAUAUGAAAAAUAUCCCCAACAAGUGCUUUUAAGUAUAGCAGCUACUCUUUCUUAAUAGAUAGCUGUGCAACUUAUAAGAAUCACUGUAUCACUUACUGACCCAGAGCAUGUCUUGGAGGAGGGAACUAUUUCUUUAAACACACAGAGUGAGCAGUUGAUACAACCAUUAGACUAAUAGCUUGGUAAUGUCUGAAAUACUGGAUUAGUAAAAAUACCCUGCCUACAUGACAAGUUAGAGAUCAUUAAAAAAAAACAGCCAAUUUUAGCACCAAGAACUAUAUUGAAACUUUAGAGAUAAUACCAGUGUUUAUCUGCUGACAGCACUUGGUAUCAUGGGCUAUUUCAUGUGGACUUUCUUUCCAAAUCAGUUGUUAACUUCUCUGAAGAAUUUGGAGCCCACAUAAUCAUUUUUUGCAUUGAUAGUUAAGAAUUGAGUUAGGAACAGAAGGGUUACCCAGCUGCAUUGAAGGUAAAUAAGCCGUUUAAGAAAAAUUGCAACCCUGAACAAAUUUGUAUUUGGAACUUAUGAAAGAGUCUUCUGGGAUCAAGUAAUUAAGUCAUCAACCAGAGAAAUGACCCAAGCUGAAGAUAGUCCCGUUUUAAUUUCCUAAGAUCCAACUGAUGUUUAACACCCUUGGUAGAAAAAUAUGAUUUUUUACAUAGGGCAGAAUAGGAAUUAACCAGUUACUGGGUUUCCGCUCACUUUCCCUUAUGAAAAAAACAACAGAGUAAACUACAAGAAACCUAUAUUUGACCAAGUGAUUUCCCAAGAACAUUUGGGAACUUGUAGUUCUUUUAAUUAUAUUUGUUCCUGAGGGAAGCCUGGAAGGAAAAAGCAGAGUUGAGGGUUUAUUCCUCUUUCCAAAUCAUUCUCUCCUUCCCAUCCCUACACAUGGUAUUUCCCCCACAGAGUGCCUGGAAUUUUCAUAAUAAAAAAUUUAAAAAGCAGCAAUAUGUCAUAAACAGAUCUUGACAUGAAAGGGUUUGUAACUGCACUUAAAGAGACUUUUCUAGUUUGUUGGUUUUUAAUGGUACCAUGUUGUAAAGAUACUCGCUGAUGGACAAUCAAAUUGUAGGAAAGACAUAAUAUCCAAGAGUUAGGGAGUAAUGCACUAUACAAUCUUUACCCUCUCCCCCAUGUUCUCUCUCACCAAAAUGUGCUUCAGAAAUACUGCUUUAAAAAGAAUAUCCUUACACAAGUGGCUUUACAUUUCCUAAAAUGCCAUAAGAAAAUGCAGUAUCUGGGUGUAGUGCAUGGGGAAAAAAGUCCAAGUUUGUAUAAAACCAGUACAUUUCAGCUUGCAAGUUACUGAACACAAUAAUGCUGUUUUAGUUUUGUUUUCUUUUGCAUCAGUUAAAAUUCACAAUAAUGUAGAUAGAACAAAUUGCAAACAAGAAAAGAAAAAAACUUGAAUGAAAUGGAUUUUACAGAAAGCUUUAUGAUAAUUUUUGAAUGCAUUAUUUAUUUUUUGUGCCAUGCAUUUUUUCUCACCAAAUGACCUUACCUGUAAUACAGUCUUAUUUGUCUGUUUACAACCAUGUAUUUAUUGCAAUGUACAUACUGUAAUGUUAAUUGUAAAUUAUCAGUUCUUAUUAAAACAUCAUCUCAUAUGGGAUGGUGUUGAUAUAUUUGGAAACUCUUGGUGAGAGAAUGAAUGGUGUGUAUACAUACUCCUUGUACAUUUUUCUUUUCUCCUGUAAUAUAGUCUUGUCACCUUAGAGCUUGUUUAUGGAAGAGUCAAGAAAACUAUAAAAUACAUAAAGAUAUAUAAAUUUAAGUAACAUAGCUGCAGGUCUUUGGUCCCAGGGCUGUGCCUUAACUUUAACCAAUAUUUUCUUCUGUUUUGCUGCAUUUCAAAAUAAAGGUAGAGCUAGGGCUGGGCAGUAUAUAUCUAAGCUUUCAAUUAAUUAAAUUUCUGACAAUAGCUGGAUUUGACAAAAUCACAGACAACCUCUGGAAGAUUCUGCAACCCUUCUGAGAUAAAAAUUCUUGCCAUGGAACAGCACCACAUGUGUGAUGAUUUAUCGGCCAGCUGUUGAUCAGGAGCUACUUCAGUUAACAUCUGAUUGUUUUUAAUUUCAGACACUACUUGGGAAAUAUAUUCUUAUCCAGUGAUUCUAGAAAAGUCUUUUUUUUUUUUUUUUGGCUCUCAUAUGAAAAUAAACUUGGUUUGAAAAAGGAGCUAUAGGUCACUUGAUUAGUCAUCUGUUCAUCAGCUUCCUGUCGGGUUAAAGAAAUACCCAAUAUAGAAAAGGCCAUUUUUUUAACCAUAGAAUUUUCAACUAAAAUUAACCAAAUUUCUUUUAAACACCAAGUUGUGUACAAUGUCAGUUCACAUAGCAUAAAGGAUCCAUUAUUCUCUAAAGUUUAUGAAAAAUUCCUAUUUAGAAUUUAACUUUGCACGGUGGCUCCUGAAAGUUGUGAAUAAUUCCUAGUGAAUAGCGUACAAACCCCCUGCUGCUGCUGCCCAGCCCUUAAAUGUGUGGCUUACUGGUGAAAGGAGAGAUUCUUUUUCUAGGAAAAAUGAGCCUCCUAUUUUAUUUGAUUUUAUUUUUUGACACAAACUGUAGAUUUUAGCAGCCCUGGCCCAAAGGAAUUUGAUUACUUUUGUUUUAAAUAGUACAAACGGGACACUAUAACUACAAAAUACAUCCUUACUGAUUUUAGUUGUUUUUAAAUUUUCUUUGGAUAUGUUUCAGAGUGGUAAAUUGUGUGUGAGCAUUACAAAUGAUUCUUUUAGUGGUUUCUUAGCCUCUCUUACAGCCCAUGGGGAUAGUACUGUACAUCAAUCAAUACCUUCAUAUGAAAUUUUGAUAUGCAAUGAAAAUAAAAGCAUGGGUUGAUUCUGCCUA